GCCUGCCUCGUUGAACGCAGAUUGUACAAGGCGUUUUGUCUGGAAAGAAAAACACUUUGAACGCGAACACCAAUUCAAAGUCUGGGAUUUAUUACUUUACAUUCGUUAUUUUUGGCUUUUGAAAGCAAAGUCGAGGCAACUUUUUUAAAGGGAGUGACUAUACAAGAAGCUCAAGACGUCUUGACUGGACUUCCUAAACACAAUACACACAGCCCGAAUUUGCCAAUGACAUAACCAAGGGUUUACAGACUCUUCCUGGGGUCGAGUCGUCCAUCCCCAACAUUGCUGGGUUGUUACACGUGUGAAGUUUAGAGGAAGCAGAUCUUCUGUCAUCAUGCCGGCCCUCUCCUCCAGAUCCGGCAGUGAGAUGGGUCUGUAUGAGCUGUUGUCUGUACUGCCGUCUCAGCUGCAGCCUCAUGUUGAGAGCCCAGAUGACCGUUCCUUUCUACACGCUAUGUUCGGGGAGAGGAGUCUACAUUCAUUGGUCAAGAUUCAUGAGAAGCUGCAGUGUUAUGAAGACUGUGCACCGACUCCAGUACUGGACAGCGCCGGCUCACUGGCUGCAGACUUGACGGAGGAACUGCAGGCAAGAAGCGCAAGUAAUGAGAUCAGAGAGCUUGUCAAGCUACUGUCCAAACCACAUGUAAAGAGUUUGUUGUCUGUUCACGACACUGUGGCCAAGAAGAGUUACGAUCCAGAGCUUCCUCCCCUGCCAGAUGACAUUGAUGAUGAAGAAGACUCUGUCAAGAUCAUUCGACUGGUCAAGAAUAAAGAGCCUUUGGGUGCCACCAUAAAGAAAGAUGAACACACUGGAGCAAUCUUAGUGGCGCGUAUCUUAAGGGGUGGCGCAGCAGACAGAAGUGGGCUGAUACAUGUCGGGGAUGAGCUAAAAGAGGUCAACGGUAUCCCUGUAGAUGACAAAAAACCUGAGGAAAUUAUUCGCAUUCUGUCCCAGUCACAAGGUGCCAUCACAUUUAAAGUGGUCCCAGGCAUCAAAGAUGAGGCACAAAGCAAGGAGCCCAAGAUGUUUAUAAAGGCGCUUUUUGACUACAAUCCAGCUGAGGAUAAGGCGAUCCCUUGCAAGGAGGCAGGCUUGGGGUUCAAGAAGGGCGAUAUCCUCCAGGUUAUGAGUCAGGAUGAUGCCACAUGGUGGCAGGCCAAACUGGAGGGCGAUGGCAACCUGCGCGCUGGCCUCAUCCCUUCCAAACACUUUCAGGAAAGGAGGCUUGCAGUCUGGAGACCCACGCCUGUCAUGACACUUCAGAGGACCUCCAGCAAAAGAUUUUAUGAUGAUACAGUCAAUUGUGUGGAGGACAUAGAAGAGGAGAAUGAGUUUGCCUCGUAUUUAAGUGGACUCCAUGUUGCGGGCCUGCGGAGGAGUUUUCGUCUCAGCAGAAGAGAUAAGAAGACCAAUAAAUCCAUGUAUGAAUGUAAGAAAAGUGAGCAGUAUGACACAGCUGAUGUGCCCACUUAUGAAGAGGUGACAACCUACCGCAGGAAACACGGCGACAGACAUAGGCUUGUCGUGUUAGUUGGUCCUACUGGUGUUGGAUUGAAUGAGCUCAAAAGGAAGUUGUUGAUUUCUGAUACACAACAUUUUAGUGUCACCAUCCCACACACCUCUCGGUCAAAGAGACACCAGGAAAGCGAAGGAGUGGAGUAUCAUUUCAUCUCCAAAAACCUUUUUGAGGCUGACAUUCAGAACAACAAGAAGUCAGGUUACUCUUGCUUUUGGCGUUCAAGCCUGCCUGUGCUGCAAAGAAACAGGUUUAUUGAACACGGAGAGUAUAAGGGAAACUACUAUGGGACAAGCUUCGACUCCGUACGUUCAGUCCUGUCCAAGAACAAGGUGUGCCUUCUAGACGUACAGCCACAUACAUUAAAGCAUCUUCGUACGGCCGAGUUUAAGCCCUACGUGGUGUUUGUGAAGCCUCCAUGCAUCGAGCGUUUAAGAGAGACCAGGAGGAACGCAAAAGUCAUCUCAGGCAAAGACGAUAAGACCUCAUCCAAAGCCUUCUCGGAGGAGGACUUUCUGGAGAUGAUCAGUGCCUCUCAGAUGAUGGAAAACCAGUACGGUCACCUCUUUGAAAAGGUCAUUGUGAAUGAUGACCUCACAGUUGCCUUCAGCGAGCUCAAACAGGCGCUCAAGAAAGUGGAGACAGAAGCUCACUGGGUGCCCAUCAGCUGGACUCAUUCCUGAGGGGCGGCACAACACAAGGGAACAAGGCAAUUGCAUCUGGAAGGGGGACUAAGGGAAGGACUUAAAAAAACUGUGAAAGAUUUCUUUCUAUUGAAUUUUUAUGUUGGACUUUAGAUGGUGACAGGGAAACUUUUUAAGUAGUCUUAAUACAUCUGAAGUGGUUUAUCUUUUCUUGGAGACUAAAGUGGAAGCGUAUGGGUUUGUUUUUGUUUUGUCGUGGUUAAUAUAGCUGAACGGGUGUAACAGCACUCAAAAAGUCAAAUGUCUGAUCAUUUAGCAGCCUCCGAGAGUGUGUUUUAGGCUGCCAAUCAAGUGGUGUUGUGGUGUUGACCACUGCUUGGUGUAUUUUUAACAUUAGUUUAUAGAAACCAAAGGGAUGAUUAUUAUUUUUCUGUGCUCAAAGUACACAUUUUUAUAUUUGCAAACUUAGCACACUGUACCCCACUGGCCUGUUACUUUGUUAGUUUAGCGUUGUGUAUGGGGGACGCCAUAUGAUGUUCAGUGGGCCCAUUUUAUUUAAAUAGAAAAUAAUAUAUUUUAAUAUUUUUUUUGGACUUUUACUUUUUUAGCCUGUCCCGGAUUUUAUCAGAGUUACAAGAAUAUUUUUUUUGCUUUUAGUAUGUAAGGAUCAAUGCCACCUUGUAAGCAGAAGUUUUACUAAUGUAUAAACCACUGUGUGCAGAAUCUGAGUUUUUCAGUUUUAUCUGUCUUUUUCUCCUUUUUCCAUUCUUCCAUUCUUGAGGUUAGGCACUUGGAAAAUGCAUAUAAGGGAAUUGACUCAGUCUAAGAAGCCUAAAAGCACCUCUCCUGCAAUUGAAUCUGAAAGAAAAAAAAGGCUUUUCAGACUUCAAUAGUUUACCCAAUAAUGAAAAUUUUGUCACAGUCUUCAAAAGAUUUAAAUAUGACAUGACAUGCGUUGUAUGGACUUCAAUGGUACUUACUUAUUUUUGGUGCUCAAUCCGCUUCCAACUUAAAGAUGUAAUCAGCAGAUGAGGGAGUAGAAUAUGUAUUUAUAGCAUAAAAACUAAUGAUGCACUGAAAUUUCAAUAAAAACUGUUCACCGAACACAAAGAAAAUGGGUGAAAUAUUUGAGAUGAAAGUAAAGAUGUUUCAAUUUUAUUUUUUCAUUGUUUCGGCCAAGAACAAAAAAUGGAUUAGCUACUAUAUUAGGCAAUCCCUCCAGGAUUUUGCAGGGACUAUUUUUUUUAUAUAUCGGCUGCCUGAAAUGUCUUUUUUAAUCUGAGAUUUUAUCAAAUUUUUAACAUUAUAUGCUUUAAUUCAUGUGUUUUGUUGUAAAACACACAAAAACAUUUUUUUAUCUCAAUAACCAUUCGACUCAUAAAAUCCUUUAGGUGUCGAGAUGGGUAAAAGUAUCAGAAUUUGGGAUGUGCUUCCAUUUUAGAAGAAAAGUAACUGAAAUAUUUCACAGAUUUAUUGAGGGACGGAGAACUGUUCUAUUGCUGGAUUUAAAUAUGAGUGACUCCCCAAAAGAACAUAUCAGGUCUAUUUAUUAAAACUGAACAACCCAAACAAUAUUCAUUUGGUUUUCAGAUAAAUAACAUUUUUUUGGGUGCAAAUUUCAGUGCAUUAUUAGUAUCAACAUUAAGUGAUAUAAUUAGUUACUGUUUUCUUUUUUUAUUAUAUAGCAAUGCCUCAUGUAAGAAUAUGUCAUUAAAUACAUGCAUACCUUUGCUGUUGUUUUGUUAAGUCCUGUUCACACCAAAAGGAUGAUGACGAAUAAGAAUUAAAAAAUGGAUCUAAAAUCAUUGUACAUACAAAAAAACUGUAACAUGGGGGAAUAAAUACAAAAUUGUAACAUGGGGGAAUAAAUAGGAGUUGCUUUCAAAAUAUAUAUAUAUGUUUUCCAUCUGAUGACUGAUAAAAACAUAGGCCAAUGAGAAUCCAUCGCAUUUAAAAAGCUUGAAUAUUUAAAGUGAUAGGAUACAACUCUGCAGCUCUCGCUUAUACAUGUAAUUGAAAAAUGUCCGUUUGGUGUGAGCAGACAUCCGUUUUGUUGUUACAGCAUAUCGUUUUGCAUUCAAGCAGUCUUAAUCCCAUUGACACUUGUUACUGUUAUGUACUGCAUUUAAUAAUUUUGUCCAAUAGUCAUCAUAAACACUGUAGUUUUGCCUUUAAAAGCAAGGUGCAAUGGAGUUUGUUCACUUGAUUCACUGUAUGUUUCUCUUUACCUCUUUUUCAGUCAGCUUUGCAGUCUUAAUAUGAAAUAUGCACAGUAAAUAUUCAAUCCUGUAUUUCAGUAACAUCCCUUCCUGGUUGGCUGGUCUUCUACCAAGUUGUGUAUGUCAAAUGCAUUUUAUGAAAGCAGAGAUUCAUGUUUCUAUAUUGUUUCAUUCUGUCGAUGAUCAAGGGUUUACAACCUGUGCUGUUAUAAAACAUCCCCUCCUCCAAAUGGACAUUAAAUAUGUGAAUCAGUUA